UAGAAAUGUUAUAUAUUUUCGUGUAACUAACUAGUGUCAAAAGUUAUACAUAUUUUCUCAAUGAAAUUGCUUUCGUUAACAGAUAACUUAUAUCAGAAAGAAGAAAAUUAAAAGUGAACGUUUACUUUGAAUGAUCAUAUGGCAUUUAAAAUAAAGAACGAACUUAGAAAAAUUUACCUCUAACCCUUGUUUUCCAUUAACUUUAUACUCUCAAAUUAUUGCGGGUGUCAGGUUCAGUUUCAAAUAAUUAUAGGUUACAUGCAUGAUGGCCCAUGGGGAACAUCUUCAUUCAGAUUUCUGCUCUCUAUCUUUUUUCUAUAUAUACCAUAGUUUGAUAGAAGUGAGAACUUAGGUUGCAUUUCUCCUGUAAAAUUUGCAUCGCGCAAAACACACUUCAUGCUCAACAAAAUGGUUCCUAAGCAUAUCCAUCUAACAAUACUGUUUCUUUUACUGUUGUUACCAUGUUUUCUUAACGUUUGCUUAGCCAAAACAAGAAUCACCAACAUUACUUCCGAUCAGCUUGCUCUUCUUGCAUUGAAAUCCCGCAUCACCGAAUUACCUUCUCAUCAUAUAUUAGCCAAAAACUGGACGAUUGGUUCUUCCGUUUGUGAUUGGAUUGGCGUCACUUGUGGGCCUCGACAUCUUAGAGUCACCGCCUUAAAUAUCUCCAAUAUGAAUCUCACCGGCACCAUACCUCCCAACCUCGGGAAUCUCUCAUUUCUAGUUUCUCUCAACUUAAGGAGAAACAGUUUCCACGGAGAACUACCGGAUGAGCUUUCCCGGUUUCGCCGACUCAAAAAGCUUGAUUUGAGCUUCAACAAUUUCAACGGACAAUUCCCACCCUGGAUUGGAUCAUUUCAAGAGCUUGAAUACUUGUCCAUCUGGAACAACAGCUUCACUGGUGUUAUUCCAUCAUCCAUCUCUAGCAUGUCCAAAUUAACGAGGUUAAGUCUUUCCUACAAUUAUCUGCAAGGAAACAUUCCGGCUGAGAUCUUCAACAUUUCCUCUCUACAAAGAAUGGAUUUGGGCGAUAAUGGCUUUUCAGCCGGUUCGCUUCCGGUUGAUAUGUGCCGGCACCUUCAGAAGCUCCAAUUUCUUGAUUUAGAACGUGCGGGUUUACAUGGCCAAAUACCACCAAGCAUAGGCCAAUGUUCUCAACUGGAAUCGCUGUACCUUGGUUUCAACUCACUUAAUGGAAAGUUACCAAAAGAAAUUGGAAACUUGAAGAGUCUUCAGGUGCUACAGAUGCAGAAUAACCUACUGCAAGGUGCAAUUCCAAAGGAAAUUGGAAAUUUGUCGAUGCUACAGGUAAUGGACUUCGAAGCUAAUAGCUUUACAGGUAUGUCAAUCUUAGGAAAAAGAAGUAUAAUCAUCAUGUUCAUGUAUAAUUAUCUUUUUCAAUAACCAUAUAUUAUUAUAAUUUUAAACAAAGUUUAUACUUAUCUUCGAUACCCGUAUAACUUUUAUUAUUUUAUACAACAAUAUCUAAAUUAACGGUUAAUGGUCUCGUACUCCAUAAAUUUAUAUUAUUCCUAAAUAUUUUAAAAUUUAGAUAAGGGGCAGUAGAGACUAAUAAUUAAUAAAGAGGGCUAUACUUUUGAAUAAUUUAUAUUAGGGACAUAACCAUUCAACCAUACAAACAUGUCUUCAGGCCUUUAAUUAUUAAUAAGAAACCUAUUUUUUUUUCUCUAAGCCUGAUUAAUAUAAAAAAUACUAAAGUGGUCAAUGACAAAAAAAAAAAAAUAAAGAUAAAAAUUUGUAAUAUUCUUAAAUUUUAAAGUUUUCACUAAUACGAAAUAUUGAGUAAUUUAAGUAACUCUAGUAAAAUAUGUUGUAGGGCUCAUGUAAGUAUAACUUUUUUGGGAAAGAAAAAUUCGUCUAAUGUCAAAGCGAAAAAAAAAUUUACCUGAAAAAAACUUAACAUUAUAUGAAAAAAAAAAUCUCCUACCAAAAAUGGUGAAUUGUUAACCUUUAUUUAUCAAUGUCAACAUAAUUAUAUUUUUUUUCCAUCAUUUAACAUGUUACUUUUUUCAUAUUGAUAGUACUAAAAUAUUAUCAGCAUGAACGAUUUAAUUUAUGUGUUGAAAAAUCAAACGAAAAAAAGAAGAAAAUUUAAUUUUAAGAGUUAGAGUCAUGUUUGGGUUGUUGAAUCAUUGUGCCCCUAAAAUAAAUUAUUCAAGAGUACUGCCUUAUUUAUUAAUUAUUUACUCUCCGCUACCCCUGAUCCAAAUUGUCUCAAUAUUUUGAUAUGCGUCUAUUUAAAUAUUAUCUUAGCCCACCAUUUGUUUAAACCAUAACGGGCAUGUGUCAAAAUGGUGAUAAACUGCCUAUUGUUAGACCACUUUUCUCCUACUAUUAAAAUAAGGUUGUCAAGUGCAUGGCGGAACCUCAUUCAGCUUAGCUGGGGCAAUUGCCCCAUCUGAAUUUUUGUGAAAUACCCAUAAAAUACUGAGAAAUUUAUAAAAUGUUUCAUCUUUACCCCAGGAAAAAAUAAAAAAAGAUUGGGGACAAACUUGUAAGAAUAAAGAUUGCCCUUUUCACUUCAUGAUUUUCAAGUUAGGACUUAGGUCACAUGCGAAUAAAUCCAUCUAAAUUAUAAAUUCUAGAAUUCACACCUUUUACCUUUUAACAUUUUCUCAUUUCCACCAUGAUAACAACUCUGAAAAAAAUAUUAGGUCAUUCAUCUAAAAUUAAAUUUCCCUCAAGGUUUUUUGUUUUUCAAAAAAAGUCCCCCUCGAGAAUCGUCUUUCUUUUGUUUUUCAAUAUUUUCUUUAUGAAAUUAUAUAUAUUUAUUAUUCACAUUUGGAAAUGUUCCAAUGAGCUGAAUUGGCGAAGUCUCCCCUUUUUACUUUUUUACUUUUUACUAGGAUCAUAACAGCAUGCCUAAGUAGUCAAAGGAGUGCUUUUGAAUUAUAAAUGUGAUUUAAUGGCGACACUAAGUGAAAAUUAUGGGUUAUUUUAAGACUAAAAAAGAACCUUUAACUGUAUUAAUAAUGAAUCAAUAUUACGAUGUUUUCCACACUUAAGUAGUCAAAGGAGUGCUUUUGAAUUAUAAAUGUUAUUUAUGUAUGCUUUUUUGAAAUAAAAAUAGAGUAAAUUUGGCGCCAAUGUUGGAAAUAAAUUUCAUUUUGCAGUCAAGGUGUUUUUUUAGAGUAGUAAACUUUGUUUAUAUUAAUCAUAUCGGGCACACAUUAACAUAGGAAAAAAGUUUCUUAUACUUUGCCCCCACCAGACCUCCGGGGCCUAGUUCCGGCGUGUAAUUUACCCAAUGAAAUCCCAUCAACCUUGCACCAUAUAUGCUGAUCAACAAAACAAUAAACGACAGCCACUCAAAAACGCAUGUUUUGAAUUCAAUGAAAUGAAAGCAAGACUUCUAAUCACAAACAUUCAUUUAAUCAACUUCGAAACAUUUGCAAGAAUUUUUUCUCACCAAACCCGAUUCAAUCAUGCACGUACACUCAAAAACAAUUUCAAAAACUAUGCUCCAUAAAAUUCAAGACACUUUAACUCUGGUCCUUUGGGAGUUUGUACCCGUUCUUCACUUAUAUAAAUCAAGUUAAUGUAGUUAACAUCUCCACCUACCAAAGAGAAAAAUGAAAAUACAAACCCUACUAAUCUGUUGUAUUUGAUAUACAAAAGUAAAUUAUUCACUAAUUAUUGGAACUGUUACGUACACAUUUAAAGCUUACAAUUAUGCAUGCCUUAGUAGUUUUUCAAUGCACCAAGCAAUAUAAACUCGAUGAUUUAGUCAAAGUCCUUGCUAUCAGCCCACAUUAACCGAUCACCAACCAAAAAAAAAAAAAAAAAAAAACCCGUACCCAAACAAAGAUUUACACUAACAAAAAUGCAUAACAAUACAAAGUUUUUUUCCCCCAUGACCCGAGACACCAAACAAUUUCUCGCAGCAUCUAGAACGUCCCGAUUUAUUUUCUCCGGCAUAUAGAAUUACCCGGCAUAAGUCACCCAAAGACACACACCCAACGCCUUAGUUUCUUAUUUCUCCGCCCUCAUGAUUUCUAGCUCAAUUACUUUCCCUAAUGUGCGUUAGGAACAAAUUCAGAAGUUCUGGCAAUAGCUCAAAACUUUCUGCCGGUAAACACCUUACAAAAACGCUUCCAUUAAACCAACCGCAAAUCAGCAAUAUACACAUUAAUUUACUCAGGGAAAUUUAAAGAUAACGAUACAAACCUCUGGCCAUCAAAAAAUUAUUCCAUUUCUAUUUAACCAGCACCAACAAAUCCAAAUAUUGAAGCAACGAACCUGACCGUGACCGGGCAUCCCAAGUCUUGAAUGACUUCAAUCAACAAUGUAAAAAAACUUGGAACAAUUAUUCCAUCUUAAAAAGUAAUCUUUGUGAAUGUAUUAUGUCUAUAUAUAUAUAUGAAAUAUAUAUACGAUAUUUUCCACGAAAGCUAUGUUAACCCUCUCUUAAGAUAGGUUUCAUGGAAAAUAUUAUAUUCAUAAGCUAUACUUUCUCAAUUAAGCUGUAAUAAAAGUUGGCUGUAUAAGUAUUGUUUCUGCUUGACCGGACAACAAGUAUUCUCUUUGUCGCAGAAAAGUAGUCCACAUUGUAAUUUGUACUGUGUAUUAUCGACAGAGCUUAUAUUUUAAUGCAGACUUUUUUUUUUUAAAUGAAGAAAGUACAUGUAAACUUUAAAUAUUACCUAUCGACGUCAAAAGCAUUUUAUGGAAUCUAUAUGCAUUCUGGUUUGUGUCAUAGAAAUCAUUUUUAUUUUAGGUGUUAUACCAGAAGAGAUGAGCAAGUUAUCCAAUAUGCAAUACAUCAACUUUGAGUGGAGCAAGUUAACUGGUUCUAUUCCAGCGAGGAUCUUCAACAUCUCAUCCUUAACAGUGAUUGCUUUUGGGUAUAAUUUUCUUUCGGGCAAGCUUCCUUUGACAAUGGGUUACACCCUUCCUAAUUUAGAACUCCUUUAUCUCACCGAGAAUAGUAUUGGUGGACCUUUACCAAGCUCGAUCACAAAUUGCUCUAAUGUUCAGCUUCUUGAUCUUCGAACUAACAAUUUCACUGGUGCUAUUCCCAACUCAUUGGGAGACCUUAGUUUACUUAGACGUUUAUAUCUCCAGCAAAAUGACUUAUUCAUUGGUCCUCCCCAUCAGUCUUUAAGUUUCAUCACCUCUUUGGUUAAUUGCAAAUAUUUGGAAGAGGUCAUGAUUAGCAGCAAUUUACUUGAUGGUGUUUUGCCUAGUUCAGUUGGAAACCUUUCUCACACACUUGAAACAUUUGAUGCUUCUGAUUGUGAAAUCCGGGGAACCAUUCCAAGUGGAAUUGGGAAUUUAAGUAGUUUGAGUACUUUAAGCCUUUCCGGUAAUCAUUUGAUUGGGUCAGUGCCAAAUUCAGUAGCAAACUUGCAGAAUAUUCAACGUAUACAUUUAAAUGGGAACAAUAUGAGUAUUUCUCUACAACUGUUUUGUGCUUCUAAGACCCUGGGGUACUUAAAUCUAGGAGAGAAUCUUAUGAACGGCGGCACAAUUCCAGAUUGCAUAGGAAAUAUAACCUCCUUGAGAUACCUUUACCUUGGUUCUAGCGGAUUAACUUCUAGUAUGCCUUUGAGUUUAUGGAACCUCAUAGAUUUGUUGCAACUCGACCUUUCUUCUAAUUCGUUAACUGGUCCUCUGCCUCCUGAAAUCAGUAAUUUGAAAAUGUCAUUAAUUGGAAUGGACUUCUCAAACAACAACUUUUCAGGAAUUAUUCCUAGCACAAUAGGAGAUAUGAAAAACUUACAGAAUCUUUCUCUAAAGCAUAACCAAUUGCAAGGGCAGAUCCCUGAGACAAUUGGUCAAAUGUUAAGUUUGGAAAGAUUAGAUCUAUCAUACAACAGUUUAUCCGGUUUAAUUCCAAUUUCAUUGGAAAACCUCCAAUAUCUUACGCUAUUCAAUGUCUCCUUUAACAAUUUGAGUGGUGAAAUUCCUUCAAAAGGCCCAUUUAGAAACUUGACCGCUGAAUCUUUCAUUUCGAAUCAAGCACUUUGUGGAGCUAAAAGAUUUCACGUCUCACCUUGUCAUAUUCCUAAGACUCAGCAUGGGCAUAGAAGCGGAAACAUGCAUAAAAUUGUAAUCAUUUCUGUUGUGGUGAUAGUGGUUGUCGCUUUCACCUGUUUGGGGCUUAUCUGCUUAAAGUAUGGAAGAAGCAGUAAAACUCCAAAUAAUGAAAAUGAAGGUUUUUCCAUGAUUAGCCGGAAGCAAAUAUCAUACUUUGAACUCCUACGAGCAACAGAGAGAUAUGAUCCGAGUAAUAUGUUGGGUUCUGGAAGUUUUGGAUCAGUUUAUAAAGGUACUCUUGAUGAUGGUUCCACUGUGGCUGUUAAAGUAUUCAAGUUGCAGCUAGAAGGAUCAUUCAAGACUUUUGACACAGAAUGUGAGGUAUUGCGCAACCUGCGCCAUCGAAACUUAAUAAAGGUUAUCAGCUGUUGUUCUAAUCCAGAAUUUAAGGCUUUGGUUCUGGAAUACAUGCCUAACGGAAGUCUUGAUAGUUUGUUGCAUUCAAGUAGUCAUUUUCUCAAUAUCAUGCAACGAUUAACAAUAUUGAUUGAUGUAGCUUGUGCUCUACAAUAUCUUCACUCUGGUAAUGUGACACCGAUUGUGCAUUGUGAUUUGAAGCCUAGUAAUGUCUUACUAGAUCAAGAAAUGGUUGCUCAUGUGAGUGAUUUUGGUAUCUCAAAGUUAUUAGGUUUGGAUGACAGCGUUACAUAUACCAACACGCUAGCCACACUUUGCUACGUUGCCCCAGAGUAUGCUUCAGAAGGGUUAGUAUCAACAAGAUGUGAUGUUUAUAGCUUUGGGAUUAUGAUGAUGGAAGUCUUUACAAAGAAGAGUCCAAGUGAUGAAAUGUUCAGUGAAAAUUUGACCCCAAAGACUUGGGUGCAAGAGUCUAUGCCGAAUAGACUAUCUGAUGUUAUCGAUGCUAAUUUGCAGUCCACAUUCGAUCAUCACUACCCUGAAAUAUUUGUUGGCAUCGUAUCAAUCAUGGAUGUAGCUUUAACUUGUACAAAUAUGUCUCCACGAGAGAGAUGCAAUAUAGAUGAUGUUGUUUCAAGUUUGAAUAAGAUCAAACUUCAACUUCUGCCAUAUACAGAUGGCUCCUAG